CCCGAAGAAUGGUGCCUCUUAAACUUUUUAAAGUACCUUGAUUCGGGGAAGAGUUUGGACGACCGUUCUGAAGCGCAUCAGAAGUAUAAACUUCUUUUGAAUAGUAUCAAGGAUAAUAAAGAAAUGUCGGAAGAAAAAAGAAAAAAGGCUGAACAGGCACUGUUAACUUACGAAUCGAAAGAGGAAGGAGUGUCGGUUGAGGCUGAAGAACCCUACCAUCGAGGUGGGACAAUCUUAGGAGACUACGGUCAGAACCGUCACUUCAGCGAUGAGCCCUCCUCAGUUCCCAGGUUCACAGAAGAUCAAAAUGAAUCGGAAGAGGAAUUUGAAUCCGAGGAAUCUGAACAUGAGGGACCAGAACAUGAGGAAUCUGAAUCCGAAGGGUCGGACAAGGUUUACCUUAAAACUCAGGAUUACGCGAAUAAGAAGGAGAGAAAGCUGAGACGAACAGAGAUCGAGAUUGCUUAUACGAAGAUGAAGCACAACAUGUGGAAAUUAUCAAGUGGAAAGUUUGUAGAAAAGCUUUAUAAUAUCGGGAAGCAACUGGAAUUCGAACAGUAG